CAUAUCGAGUAUCGUGGCAUAGGUUUAACUCGUAAAAAGCGCAUUUAAGGUCAUUUAAAUUGAAAAUAACAUUAUAUUUUAUACAAUAAGAAAGGAAAAAACUUAAUCGUGAAAGUCAUAACGGAGUGACAAGAAAAUCCGGACGAGUGGCGCGUCUGUGCAAACGGCUCUCUUUGGUCGUAUGACGUAAUUGUAUUGAUCGCGGAAGAAGAGCCGAAAGUCGCGCAUUCGCCAUCUUGGACGAAUUGUGGAAAAGAAGUAUCUGUGUCUCGCAGGCGCUACGCUUGUAACAAUUGUAAUCCGCGACGAUCCAGAUCUUAAUUAGUUUAACUGGGAAUUAACCCUUUUGUGAAUUAGAAACCCAUUUGGACGGACCAAGACAAAAGGUUCGUUCUUUGGGUCUGAUUGGUACUAAAUGGUUGCCUGCAGACAGCAUGUCUACUCUGUCAGGGCUUGUGUCGAAGGGGGAGAAAGGAAAAUCCAAGUUCCAAUCAUUAGACAUCAAUAGCUUGUACAGGGAAUAUAGAGGAGAAUCUUUGGAGCAACAUCAACAGAAAAACACAUUACCACGCAAACAUGGAAUGCAAAGUCUUGGAAAGGUGCCUUCGGCACGACGACCUCCUGCUAAUCUGCCAAGUUUGAAAAGUGAACACAGUAGUAGCGACCCAGCUGUUAGUCUUGUACCAAGUGGAGGAAGUGGUUGGGCUACUACCAAAGAUUCAACAACAACAACAACCACUACAGUUGUAACUUCAUCGGAUAUAACUACUUCAAAUUCUUCACCCGCACAAUGUGUAGCGGGAACUGUUGUAACAACAUCACUACAUCCCUUACUCCCAGGACAACAAAACGUUUCUCAGUCUUCAUACUCUUCCGAUGUGAGCAACAAAUCAUCAUGGAGCGCGAUAAUGAGCAAAUCUGGAGAUGGCACUGCAUCAGGAGGCCAACAACAGCAAUCGACAAAUCGGGAAUUAAGUGCUCAAUAUGGACCCGGACCAAGUUUACGACCACAAACGGAAGGAAGUUGGAUACAAGGUGGAAGCCGUACACCCAGUGGUGUAGGGUUAGGAACAACUGGUCCCGGAAGUGGGACCACUUCAGGGGUCCAGGCCCCCCCACUGAACAUUACUGGAUCGGGAGGACAUGCCGACAUAUCUGGCGGCGGACGACAGAACUUGGUCCAGUCUCCCAACAUGGCCAUGGCCCAGGGAGGCCCUCAUAAUUCUUCAAACAGCCAAAAUGCAUUAACGACUGGUUCUCAUCAAGUUGGUCCAAAUCUACAUCACUACAGAGGACUUAUUCUUCCAUUCAUGUAUCGAGGAAACUUUUCUGGUGGGUUCCCUUCGCAGUUUCCAUCAAACACGGGUUCGGGUGGGACCACCAGACCGCGGGUUAAUUAUUCCUCAGAACGAUUCCCUCCUCCGCCUCCUCGUCAACAGGAACGUGAGCGUGUUCCCGAGGAGGAAAUUGUCACCCGACCAAUUAUCAAAGAAGAGGAUCUUACACGAAUGGACGACAUUUCUCGAGACGCUGGUUGGGCGGCACACGAUGACAUUGAUUACAACAAAAAACUUACGUUUAGCGACGAUGAAGCCGAUCCUGAACCAUCGAAAAAAGAUGAAAGAAAAGAUAUUAAAGAAGACAAACCUGAAGAAAAUACAACAGAAGAUAAAGAUAAGAUUAGAGAUAAUCGUGAUAAUCACGAUAAUCGAGAUUCGAAAGAAUCUCGAGAUCAACAAACUCAUCGAUCAUGGACUCAGAGCUCUUUACCUCGUGAUUAUCGUGGAUCAAAUGGGUCUGGUAGUUACGGCGGUCAGUCACAACUGCACUCGGUGCAUUCUUUGAGAGGGGUGGAAGACGAUGAAGGGUGGAAUGAGAGGCGCAGAGUAGUAAGAGUCGAAGUUGCAUCCGUUGCUGAGCGUGCUCAACAACGCAAAGAGGAGGUAGAAAAAAUGUACGAAGAAUCAAGCAGACAGGCAGCAGCUAAAAAAUUGCAGGAUGUACAGCAGCAUAAGUUAAAGGAGAAACAUGGAAAGUAUAAAGAAGAAGAACGCGGACAGUCGAAUGAAUCGAAAGGUUUGAUAAGUGUUCCACCUGUUCCGAUUCCGGUUCCCGACUGGGAACGUGAAAGAGAAAACAGAGAACGAGAACGGUCUUGCACCGUAUCCUCCGAAGGUAAAGAUGAAAAGUCUUUGGCCCGCGAAUCACGUGAAUCUAGAGAUGGCCCGAAAUAUGGCAGAGAUUCUCGUGAUCAGCUAAUGUCAGAUUUCCGACAAAACGAUCGGCAAAGUUUCAUGAGACAACAGGAUCCUACCGUGCGUAACGAACGUGAAAGAGAACGAGAUCGUGAACGUGAACGUGAACGUGACCGUGACCGCGAUCGUGAUCGUGAACGUGAUCGUGAACGUGAUCGUGAUCGCGAUCGUGAUCAAAGAGACAUGAGGGAUCGUGAACAUUUAGCAUUUUCUCGUCAUUUUCAAAACAAUUUACCGCCCCGAUUUCAAAAACAACAAGCGGAGAGAAGCAAUGCUGGGUUUAAUCGAAUUUCGCCUAAUACUGAAAGGUCAUCUGCCCAAUCUGUUUCAUUCUCCCAGCAAUAUGAUCCUGGUAGAUGGCUUCAUAGUCACAGCUCUUUAAUAGACAAUAGCUUGAAACCGUCGCAUGGUGCUCCGUCACAACGUCGGAGUAGAACGGACUCGGACAUCUCUACUUCAGUGGACGACGAUCGACCCCCAUCUAGAGAUUAUCGUGGAUCGCUUCUCCGAGAUGAUCGAUACCGUCAUUCUUCUCAUCGACCUUACGAUACUCGCAAGUCUGGCGGUUAUUACGACGAGUACAACCGAAACUACAGGGAGCAUGAUUACGACGAAGGACAUUCUCGUGAUUCUUGGGAGCGUGAAAGAUACUUCGACGACAAAGAUCGAGAUUCGAAGGACAAUCUAGAAACGAGGGAGGUCAGAGAAAGUCGAGAUGUUCGAGAUAAUCGAGCAAACAGGGACAACCGAGAUGUGAGGGAAAACAAGGAAAGAGAUAACAAGGUUAAGAAGGAUUAUGAUAAUUAUGUGAAGGAUUCCUUUGACGACCGUGACCGUGAUCGUGACCGUGACCGUGACCGCGAUCGUGACCGUGAUCGUGACCGCGAGCGCGAGCGCGAACGUGAACGUGAGCGUGACCGAGACCGUGAACGCGAGCGUGAUCGUGAUCGAGAGCGUGAGCGUGAUCGUGAACGAGAUCGUGAUCAAAGAGAAAGAUCAGAGAGUACAGAGUGGCGCGAGGAGCGUAUCGUACAAGACAGAUCGAUCGAUAAUCGCCGCGAUACGCAACGAGAAGAGCGAGUGGAACGUAACGAACGUCCUCAGAGACCAGAUUCUCGUAACAGUCGUGCUUCACGAGAAUCGAAAACGUCUUUGCGCGAAGACGAUUCGCACAAGUUGCGCGAUUGUAGUUCCUGGGUGAACGAAGUUGCUGAUUUCGAAGAAAAUAAGCGUGACACGUAUCACGAAGAUACCCGGGAGCGGGAAAGAGAAAGGAGACAACCACUCGGACCGGUAACCAAAGAGAGAAUUGAAGCAGACGAAUUGAAAAGUGAGAAACGCAAUCUAACUCAAUUGAAACGAGCGAGUUCGGAACAGGAUAAGAAGGAUCAGGUGAAAGAACCUUCUGCGGAAACGAAGAAGGAAACCGAAGUUUGGAGUAGAAAAAUUGAAAGAGUUAACGAUAAUAAUAAAACGAUAGAAAGAGGCGAUAAUUCUCCGAAAGCAUGGGCCGAUGCUGUGUCUCCAACGUUUGAAAAGGAGGAGGAAAAAACAAUGGAGCCUGUUAAAAUUGAUAAGGAUGCGGACGACAUAAAACAGAAUUUUGACAAAUUAAGUUCAGAGAAGAGGGAAGACACUCUGAACGAAGACGCGACGGAGCAACAAGUAAAAGAAGAGAAACGGGAGAAAAGUAUUCGUAAUCGAACUAGUAGCGGAGGAUCGAAUUCGAGAGUCCGUGAUUCUCGAGGAGGACGCCAAUGGGGAGGUACCUGUAGUAUAUAUACUCGAGGUUGGCGUGGCUCAGAGUCAAGAGGACGAAGGGGUGGUCCUAGAACUGCUGGUAGGCCAGCUUCCGCCAGAAGCGGUUCAUACGGACACACAGAUUCGGAGAAUAGUGCCGAUGAGAUAUCCUGUUCGACCGAGUCUGGCAAAGAAGAGAAGAAAUCUUCUAGGUCACCGAAACCUAACCAGAAAGCAGAAAAAGAGGAACGUAACCGUGAAGUAUCCGGCAGAGACGAGAAACGAACUGACUAUUCUCAGUCACAGCGUAGCGAGAAACGAGCGUACGACAGUAAAUCUAGCCGCGAAGGAUUCGCGCCAUCUGGUGAACCGUCUCGUCGUGGUCGAGGUAGUUUUCGAAUUCGAAGCGCGACCAGUACAGGCAGCCGUAUGGAGGGAUACGGACCACCCUCCAGUAAGAGUCCUUUUUCGUCUGAACGCAGCGCCGACGAGAAACAAAAUUCCACACGACAGAAUCCACUGACACCUACUCCCGAAAAGGAAACAAAUUCCUUGGUGUCUUCUCAGGUCGAGUCUGCCAGCGACAAAAUUAUAGCAAAGCAACAAGCACUCACUGCUGGAAUAACCGGUAAACGUUCCAAGUCUCCAAAUCAACAAUCCUCCCAACAGUCUCAGCAGGCUCAACAACCUUCCAGUAAACAAGACGUUAAUCACGCAAGCAGUAACGCUACUUCGCAAAAGGUGCAAGUUCGUAAAGAAGAAUCACGCUCAAAGCGAACCCGCAGCAGCAGCAGAAGGGGUAGAGACAAUCGUGAACCACGAUAUCGUGGGAGCAGCAGCAACGUGUCGAAACAAGCCUCUUCAGACGUAGGGAACGAAGAUUGGGAAACCACAUCGGAGAACAGCGAGGAACACGUGGAAGACCAUAAAGAAUCACGUAGCAGUCGGAACAAACAGUUUGCUGCACGUGCAAAUUCAGGUAGCAGUCUAAAUGCUCUAGGAUCGAAUAUACACGCUCGCAGAAAUGAGCAGACAGGAAAUAACCGUGAACACCGAGAAAAGAAUUUAAAGUCUUCCAAUGUAACAUCCCGUGCACCCGGCGCAGAAAAACGAAACUUGCAAAAUUUAGGUUUUGGCAACCAGAAAAGUCACUCUUCUAGCAUUCCACCACUGAUGCAAACCAGUCAAGUUCAAAAUGGAAGAUCAAGAAGUCAAACUUCUGGAAAUAAUUCAACGAUAUUGAAUAAAUCGACUACAAAAGAUAGUACGGUGAAUCGUAUAGAUGAAAUAAAGUUAAGCGACCCCAAUUUGGUUAACCAAGCUCUUAACGACAUUAACAAGAAGUCUCAGAUAAAAGAAAAAAAGACGACGAUCGAAUGUGAAAUAGAGACGAAUAAUUGCGCCGAGGAUGGAUCUAAUGCUACGGAAGAUAAGGUCGAUUCCGACGGCUUCCAAGAAGUUCGUUCGAAGAAAAACGUAAAGGAAUCUAGGCAUAGCCAAAAGGAAGAGUCGAAACCAAUAAAACGCGAUAAAGAGAAGGAUAGAGAACGUGAUCGUUCAAAGUCGAAGGCAAACGGUUCGCAACCGGCUUCUUUGCAACAAAUGCAAAAUAUACCACCUCUGUUAGGUCAAACCAUUCUACAACCUGCGAAUAUGUUGCAAAAACAGUAUGACAGAGCUUCGAGAAGUCAGAAAUUCGUUGCUCCAAGAUUUCAAAAACAACGCUUAGCGAAGCAGCAACAGCAACAACAGCAGAUGUGUCCAUCAGACGCUAACGAUUCGAAUAAAGUGAACAACUCGAACAACAACUAUGGCAAAGAUUCGUCGAGCGGCCCAGCGCCACCACCAUCCGUUAAUGCUUGGGACAAACCGUUUACAACGAGUCAGUUACGAUCAAAUUCUCCAUCGACUGUUCCUACUGAUAUUCAGUUAAUGCCAGGUUUGUCUACACAAAAUGAUCACGGUCACGUUCAUAGUCACGAGGUAAACGAACAAGUGAACUCUGGAAACAGUAGCCAACGAAAUUCACCAAACGGCGAAAAAACCGGGAAGAGUUUGAAAGAGCAGCUGGUAGAAAAAAACUCUGUUUCUGAUGUUUCUUCGCCUCCGGUGCAAACUUUAAUUUUUGAGAAUACAAAUUAUUCAAAAACUACCAAGGCUGGUCCUUCCGAUCUGGCAGUGAAAACGAAAUUUCCAAAUCAUAUAAAGACUCAACAACAACGUGUUGAGAAGCGCGUGGAUUUGGAAGAGGAAGGUAAUGCUACUUCUAUGCAGCAACAACAGCAAAGCCUUCCUGUCGCAUUUUCGAACAAACCGAACGAUUUGAUGAAAGACAAGAAUCAAGAACCAAUUCAAAUGCCUCUUUCCUUUAACAAAAAUGAAGAUAACGCCGACAUGAAAUUGGACUUCACUUUUGACUCGGACCUCACGCAAUUGACGGAAGAUAAAAGUAAAAGCUUAGGAAUGACUCGAUCUAUGCAUAUGGCUGCUGGCCAAAGUACUAUUUCGCCCUCCACUGCAGAGCUCAAUUUAAAGAUUGCAUCGGUGAAGAAAGUGUGGGAAAAUGCCCCUCCUAUGCCAACGGUGGUCGAGCACGAAGAUGGCAAUGUUGUCAGUAGCGGUAAUACUUUCCCUCAGGCGUUCGAAAGUACAGAUGUCGACGAUAGUUACAGUCCUCAUCAACAGUACAAUCAAAAUAACAUGAAAAGUGAAAUAACCACUUCUACGAACGUGUGCAAGCUGGUUCCCCCGCAGGUGAAGCCGCAGCAACAAUCUUCGGGCAGCAGCAGUGGCCAGUCUGGUUCAACUGUUCCUGGACCAAGUCCUAUCGGAGCAGGUCAAAGUCCUAUUGGUCAUCCUUCCGUUAGUCUUCAAGGACCAUUGAGCCCACUUCCAUUUAACUCUACUGGACAACCUUCUCACAUAAAUUAUCAGGAGUUCCCUCAAUACCCAGGCUCUCAAGCUGCACAGUAUGGCAGUAUGUCUGCUAUACCUUCCCCACCAGCCGUAUUGUUUAACACGGGUUCUGGUCAAUUACCAGCACAAGCAGGAGGUCUUUAUGGAGCAUUUCAGUUGGACCAGAGCCGGUCUUCUUUCACACAGUAUUCACCAUAUGCGCCAUCCCUUCAAAAUUCGUUUAGCCAACAAAACGUCUACUUACAGCAACCACCACCACCGCCACCGCAUGCGCCAAAUGCACCUACUCCGGAUAUGUAUCAGAACAAUCUUUCCCAGUAUCGCAUUACCGCAGCUGCUGCCCCCCCUUUCGGACAAAACCAGCAGCUCAGUAAUAAUCCAAAUACAGUUCUUAUUAGUUCCUCGUCAAACUCUUUGAUAUCAGCGAGUGUGAAGCCAUCCUCUCAACCCAUUGGCGCUAUUGGAACAAAAGCUCCACAUUUCCAAGCACCAUCUGCUCCACAACCGAACUCAUUAACGUACAUAUCGUAUGAUCCAAAUCAAGUACUAGGCGUGAGUGGCAGUUACAUGGGCAACUCCCAAUUGGUACAGAGACCUGGUCCGAAUGUCCAAGCCUCUGCCAAUAGUUAUUAUAGCGCGACUUCGGCUGAUGUAUUUCCCGGCUCGCAAACAGGUUUUUAUCAACCAGGCGGUGCUACACAACAGACGGGCACUCAUUACGGAUUACAAGGAUUCGGCCAACAUAGCCAAAGUUUGGCAACUGGCAGUGCUACGCCUGUUGGGCUACAAAAUUUUAGCUCCGGCUUUUUAUCCAAUUCCGGAUUACAAAUUGCCGCGGCUGCGGCAGCUCAGCAAUUUCGUAAUCCCACGGGAGGACUUCCGGGACCGGGAAACGCGGGGCCCAAUUUUCUUAGCAAGCAUCAACCACAGGAACAACCGAGACAAUUAAAGAGCCCGUCAGGAAAUCAACAAGAUGCUCUUGCAUCAGUUUUCAGUUGCACGCCACAAAUACCGUCUCCUAAGUCGAGAAACUGUAAACAACAAUCUUCGUCUCAACAACCACAACCAAGUCCCACGCAACAUUACAAGUAUCAACAAUAUCAGGGCGUUAAUCAAUCUGCUCUGGUAAGCAGUUAUAAUAACUAUGUUUUACAGCAAAAUGUACGUGGUAUGGGUAUGCCACCACGCGCCGGUAUUCAAUCGUCGCAACAACGGUAUCCACCACCGAUUCAAAGACCAGUUGUUCCAUUCACACCAGGUCCAAAUCCGAAUAAUCCUACCCAGCAGCAGCCUAAUUGCAUGCCAUCGCAACAACAACAACCAUCACAGACUCAAAUUAAUCGUCACAGAUCGAAUUUGCAUCAACAGCAGCAGCAACAACGUAAUAUGAAGAUGCAACAGCAAUAUUAUUCUACUCAAGGAAACGUCAAAAUGGAUACAAAUGAGAAAACAGAUUCCCAUAAUGAUAAAAUCAACGACAAUGGUUCUGGUGCUCAGCAAGGAAGUACUAAACCAAAUGUAAAUCCACAGGAUAAUGAGAAUAAGGAAGAAGUGAAUCAACAAAAUGAGUGAAUGUGAAAAAAGACCGCGUUCGUUCUACCAUUUGAAGAAUACAGUUUUGAUCAUACUGACAUGACGUCGAUUGAAAGGUAAAUGAUAAUGAUUAAUUGUUCUCGUACAUGGAAAAAACAAUGCUCCAAAUGAUAUUGUAUUUGCCAGUUUAAAGAAGCUCGCGAGCUUAGGAAUCGUAAUUGAUACUUGGCCAUGUCUAGUUAGAAUAAUUUAAUCUUGGUGCAUCGAUGGAAAGAAAAAUACGUGAUAUUGUCAUUGUACACACCAAUGCUUCUCCGAAUUAACUCAUGAAUUCAACGAACUAAUCACGUUAUCGAACAUUCCUCUUUGUUCGAAAAAAAAAAUAGUGCGAACUAAUUGCAAUGCUGCAAUGAAUGUUAAAAAGAUGAUAAAAAAAAAAAAUUCGAGAAAAAUGAACUCGAUCGAUACAUCGGGAACAGACUGGUAUUGUCCAAAAGAAAAAGUCUAUGCGGAUUACUUCAACAUUAUAAUGUUGCAAUUACAACGCGUUGUUCAGUUCAACGUGCAGUGGGAUUCGAAAGAGCCAACCGAUUGGACUGGUACGCACAACGUAUCGCUACUUGGUGUUAAUCGAUCACCCUAACAAUUAAUUACAUUAAAUAUGAAGAUAAUAAAUGUGCACAAGACUCAUAUUUCUGUAUAUGGGCACGACGGCGGUCUGUGGUAUACGAUAAUGUAAAAUCCAGAUUUUUUCGGAAAAAUGUAGUUCGACAAAGAUAUUACACGACCGUCGCUACAUUUUGUAGAGCACCAUUAAAAUGGG